UCUCUCUCUCUCUCUCUCUCUCUCUCUCUCUCUCUCUCUCUCUCUCUCUCUCUCUCUCUCUCAAACACAUAUAUACCAUCUAUCUCUCUUUCAAGCUUGCUAUUAGCUAGCUUGUUCAACGGAGAAUUAAGGUCGUCGGGGAGAUCAUCAUGUCGGGGGUGUGGGUGUUCAAGAACGGCGUGGUGCGGCUGGUGGAGAACGGCGCGGCGGCCAGUGGCGAGGCGGUGCGGCGCCGGAAGGCGCUGGUGCACACGCCGAGCGGGCAGGUGGUGCGGUCGUACGCGGAGCUGGAGUCGGAGCUGCGGGCGCUGGGGUGGGAGCGCUACUACGAGGACCCGGCGCUGUACCAGUUCCACAAGCGCGGUUCCCUGGACCUCAUCUCCCUCCCCACCGACUUCAGCAGAUUCUCCUCCGUCCACAUGUACGACAUCGUCGUCAAGAACAGAGAUUCCUUCAGGGUCGUCGACAUCUGAUCGAGUAUCUAAUCGCCUUCUUCAUUAUAUUCUCUGAUCGAUCCAUGCGUGCGUGCAUGGCAAUCUGAUCGAGCUAAUUAUCAGUACGUACGUUGACUGCGGGCAUGCAUGCAUGCAUGGAUGCUUGUUCCAGCUUGGUGAUCAUCGAUCGAUCGAUCGAGCUUGGUUUAUUCAGUUGUUUUGAGUGCAGUGGCUAUUAGUGUGACUACAGUAGUCGUCGUGAGUGUGAGGUUACUACAUAUGUUUUACUUAAUUUCUGAUGUAAUUGCGUGUUACAUGCAUGCAUGCACGGAUAUGCAUGCGUGAUUAGUGAGUUCAAUUUGGUAGCAGUGCGACUGAAUCAGUCACAUGUGGUUUCUGGUGUAUAUAUAUAUACAUGUGAGCUAGUGAUCUUAA